AAAUUCUAAAACGACUCGCGUGGUUUUCAAUCCAUCGAUAAGUACGGUAGACAAUUUAGUACGGAAAGCUGUCGACAGAUGGCGACAACGGAACAGGUGCACUCGACCAAUCGGCGUGCGCGUAAUUCCCCCCACCCCUGACCAUCUACCGAUUGGCGCUACGGCGGUGUCACGAACAGCGAUCGCAAUAUGGCUUCCGCCACCGCCAGCAAGUGAGAGUACCUCCGAAGGUGACAUCGAAACAUGGUGGAAUAUUUAAGAGUGCGCGAAGCGUCGCGCGUGUGAAAAUUGCUCGCGUGUCCGUCUCUAUAAUCCCGUGUCGAAUCGACGAGUGUUCGAUAUACAGUGCGCGCGAUUGGGAAAACAAAACAUUUCGGGGAAGAAGAGAGAGAGAGAGAAACACUUGUGUUCGGUCUGUCGUUGGACAGAGACGUACUGUACGCACGGGCUGUAGGUUAGAAAAGGAUAGAGUGACGGUGUGAUACAUCGGUUCGUUUAGCCAGGGGUUUCUGACACGAGAAUGCGUAUCGAUAGGAAAAGAAGCACGAAAUACCGUGUCGCUCGGCUUCGAAGAUAUCGUUUCGUGCGAAUAACGUUGUAAUUCGAAAGCGGAGAGAACAUCGAAUCUUUUUCGAUAGUUGAACACGGUGCGCGCGACUCACACGUCGAAAGCGUGGCUCUGUCGGUGUGUUACGUUCCGUACACACGCCGUGGUCGUGUCCCGAUUUGCGUGCGUGUGCGUGGCCGUGUACGUGCUAUCUUUCGGUGUUGGAAAUUGAAAGAAGACAGGCGGUCGGUGAAUGAGCGGGGAAGAAUGAGAAAAAGAGUAGAGCGGCGGCACGGGGUGUUGUACAUCGACGAGCACGACGACGACGACGACGACGUAACAGAGAGAAGAAGAGGCAAAAGAGCGAGUGAGUGAGCCAGGGCGACGUUGCCAGAGUUUUCCUUCUCGCGUUCCCUACACCGUAUAGCACGUACCUUCGUGCUCCGGGAGCAAGACCGAAACAGAAAGAAUAUUAUGUGACAAGGAGCGAGAGCAAAGUAGUGCGCGGAAGCUUAAAUACAUACACGCGUGCACGCGUGCACACUGCGAGAGGGGCACGAGCCACGAGUAGCGUGAGUCGCGCGAAAAGGAUCUAGGGAAUUUUUGCUCUCUACCCCCCUUUGAGUUCGUCGAUUUGUCGGUAGUCGGUAGUGUUUUUGUUCGUGCCCUCUGAACGUGAUUCGUGAAUUACCAUGAGACGACUCCCAAUGACGUACACACUGAGCACGUGACACGCCGAGUUAGGCCGAUCGACAAGCCAUGAAGAAGCCACGCGUGGACCGGGACCGGCUUCGGGAGCGGGAACGACAGGCCCGCGCGGCGAUGUCGGUCCAGGCCGAACAGGCGGCUGCAGGAGGUGGUCCUGACACCAGACACCAUCACCAUGGCCAUCAUAACCACGCUCACCACCAUGCUAAUCCGCAUACCGUCGCCGCUCCGCUCUUCCAUGCUCCCGUCAGGGUGAACCCUGAUGCCCGGGACAGCACGACGCAGCAAAUCCAAUCUAAACUAGGCAACUAUUCACUGGUGAAGCAUCUGCUGGACGAGCCUAAACGGCUGAUCGGUAUCGAGGGUGUGCCACCGAGUCCAGCCCCAUCCCCGUCACCCUCGUCCCUUCGAACGAGUUCCAGUUCGAUCGGUACGAAUUCCAGGAGCUCGCCGUCCUCCCAAGAAUUCAAGAAACCCGGAGGACCGAGGACCAGCUCGUCUUCGUCCUCAUCGUCGAGCCAUCAACGUGGUGGUUUCGUGAAACCAGCCGACGGCAAGCCACCGUACGGUGGCAGGGGUGGUUACCCUGGCCAACCGGUGAAGCACGGGGGUAACAGCAACGAUCAUCGUAGCCACGGUUUAUUACCGGCCAAAGGACCGCCCCCGAAUUCACCCGGGAACGGUACGCUCGUUGGCAAUUCGAAUAUCGGGAAUUCCAACGGCGGCGGCAGGCUUCACUCUGCCGGCAACAGACUGUCCAGGUUAACUCUCGAUAACGGAACAAAUUCGAGGCCUGGUCCCACCGAGAAUUCGGCAGAUGUUGAGAACAUUUUGAAGGAAAUGACCAUGCCACCCACGCCCCUCACGGCUAUAGCCCAGACACCGAGGAAGGAACUCGAGUCGAAGUUCACGUUCAACCCUGUCCUGGCGAAGUUGACUGAAGUGACGCCGCAGGAAACCGCGAAGCCUCAACGCGAGCGGCACACCGACAACAGGUUAUCCGCGGAUUUGGAGCGGGAUCUGAGCCUAUCCGAGGACAGCGAGGAUGAAGUCGGAAAGGAAACGACGUCGCGGACGGCGAGGGGAAACAGAAGUCCUGACCUUACGGUCGAUCUGUCAACGCCGUUGAUACCGGCGAUGACUCCCGCCCCGCCGCCUCUGGCACCCAUGUCACCCAUGGGUCUGUCACCUGUGGGUCCUUUAUCACCUACGAGGCCGCUCAGCCCGAGCAGACCGUCGUCACCUCCGAAGCAAAUGACACCUGAGCAAGUACUUUCACCUCCACCAGUGAGCCCUUUGCAAUCGAAGGGCUCCCCCGUCCCUAUCAUCCAAAGGCCGCCCAGUCCGCCUGGCCAGGCACCGCAGAGUUCCGGAAGCGCCAGUUCCAGCUCGGAUUCCGGCUCUGACUCUGGCUCGGAUAGCAGCGACGAUUCCGAGGACGAAACGAGCACCCAACCUGCCAAAGGACCUUCGACACCACCCUCUGUGUCACCAAAGAACGAGAAUCUGAUCGAGGAACCACCGGCAGCUAUCGAGGAAUCGAAACACAGGUGGAACCUCGAAUCGUUCUUCAACAAGAAGGUGAUGCCGCACGGGGAACAGAACGCUGAAAACAAGCAGACGCAGGAUUGCAAUAGGCAAGAUGGUUCCCCAGCAACGACAGCAGACGUCAGAACGCACAGGGAUAAGGCAGCUCACGAUUGGCAGCUCGACGAAGCCGUGAAGAGGACUCACAAUCCGACGAUGAUCAGCGUUCUCGACAGCGAUAGCUAUAGAUCCUCGGAUCAGGAGAAGGGUCAGCCCGUGGAAGAGAAUCGUGUUCAAACGGAGAAACCAAAAGUGGCCGAUGCGAGGAAACGUGGACGACCUAGAAAACCUACCAAGAGUCCGAAGGGUGGUCAUCGGACGUCGGACGAGAGUCUGAAGAAUGGCAAGCCUCGUAGUAGAACGAGAGGAGUCAGUAGUCCUAUCAAAAGAAAGAUACCUCUGUCGAAACCUACCAUCUCGACCAGCGACGACGGAAGCGACGACCGAUCGCAGGAUGGUUCCAGCGAUUCGGACAGCGAUCGACCGACCAGGAUAUCUCCGGUCGAUGCUGCCAUCAACGAGAAGAGACGGUCGAGAGUUAGCGGCUCCUCCAGCGAAGACGAGGGUCCUCCUAAUGGAAAGAACAACAUUGCCUCCGAGGAUGAUAACACGCGUUGGAGAAGGGUAUCCAUCAAGAGAAGCAAGCUGGCAGACUCGCCUAAGAAGCAGGAGAAGAAGAAGAGUCCCGCCAAAGCCAAACCAAGAAGAUCGAAUUCGAGGGUGACAAACGUUGGGGGGUCUGAUUCUGAUAGCGAGUCUGAGAUGUCGGUGAGAAAUCGCAUUCAAGUAGCUAGGGUACCUCCAAGGCCAAGGGCACCUCCAACCAGGACAACUUCCCCGGAAAACUCGGACAGCGAUAACAGUCCAGGUCCGAAGUUGCAGGAGGAAGAUGCUGGUAACGUGCAAGACAAGAAAAAGAGCGACACGCUUCGAAAGGUCUUCUCGUCUUCGAUGGGCGGAGGUAAGGUUGGCGGUAAAGGAGGAAAAGGUGGAAAAGGCGGAGGCAAAUGUGGCAUCUACGUGGAAGAGUACACGACCUCUGCCAAUACACCGACCGGCGGGGACAGUCCGUACAAGAGACCGUCGUCCCAAGCAUCCAGCAUCAUUCAAUCUUUCCCACCGCUUACCUACGUGAACGGUGUGCCCAGUUUACUCUGCAGGAUCGAGCUGAGCAGACUUCCCCAUCUAUCUCAACUGUCGCGAGGACAGGAAUUGAGGCAACGCACGGAGCUACCCGACACCAGGCCAUCAUCCAGGCAGGCUUCCACCUUGACCGCCCAACCUACUCGACCAUCCACGCCCGAGGAGGGAGAGAUAAUUGACACGCCACCGCCUCAACAGUUACCUACCGACUCGAGGAUUCACGGUGACGCGUUGCUAGUCGACGGCGAGCUGAAGAAUCGCGCUGUGAUCAAAGGGGAACCUAUUACGGACUCGAAGAGUAAUUGUGGCAUCGGACUGGGUGCUGGUCUCGUCGGUGGAGGUGCUAGUGGAAGUGGUAGUGGUGCUAGUGGCGCGGGUAGCGCGCCCAAGAGGAAACGUAAUCCGAGUUGUAGUUCUGUGACCAGUUUCAGUACUGUGUGUUCCAUAGAGACGAAAGGAAAGGGAUCGGGGGAGCACAAAGAAAGAAAGAAGAGAAAGAGAAAACACGCGGACGUUGAAGCUGUCGCAUCCAGGUCCUCUUCGAAUCAGCAAAGCGACAUACAACCAACGAAUCACGAACGGGAAGAAAAACCUGACACCAGCUUGUUGCCGCCACCACCACCGCCUCAACGCGUCUAUUAUUCCUACUUCAAUCCUCAGAACGAAGUUUUGGAGGAUCAAGAUAGGUGGGACCAGAAUCAGUACCUGAUGGAAGCGAAACGGCUAAAGCACAGCGCCGACAAGGAGUGCGAACUCACGGCGCAGGGUAUGCUUUACCUGGAAGCCGUUCUGUGUUUCCUGCUCACUGGCAACGCCAUGGAGUCAGAUCCUGUCACGGAGAGGGCGUCGUUCACCAUGUACAAGGAUACUCUCAGUCUCAUCAAAUACAUCUCUUCGAAGUUCAAGAGUCAGCAGAACAACUCGCCAGAGAGCAGUAUACAUAACAAGCUAGCCAUUCUAAGUCUCUUUUGCCAGUCUCUUAUAUACUUGAAGUUGUUCACGAUGCGCAAACAUGAAGUGAAGGAGACACAGAAGAUCCUCAGCGACUAUCAUCAGAAACCCGCUCAGGCAACGCCGGUGCAACCGGAAGGUCAAGGAACUCCUUCUCUAUCGCCCACCCCGUCGCCGGCCGGUUCCGUGGGUUCGGUUGGCAGUCAGAGUUCCGGAUACAGCAGCGGUGAACUGGCGAAUCGAGGGGCUGCCUCGGGUCAACCGCAGGCAGCUCCUUACGUUAGCGUUCCGCUGAAUGUUCACAACGCGAUGGUAAAACAAAAUUAUCACCUUGGCUUGCUGUUUAGUUGUCACGAUCUCUGGGACCAGGCCAACGCUCUGGUGACAGAAAAGCAUAGAGAUUUUUUCAUCGAGCUGGAUGAAAAACUGGGACCCCUCACGUUGAAAAGUUCGCUGCGCGAUUUGGUGCGAUACGUACAAGCCGGUAUAAAGAAGCUUAGAGAUCUCUGACCACAGUGGCAUAGCCCCCGACCGCCCACCCCGAAUUACAUUACUUCUCUUCCGCAAAACAUGGCCACGUAUCCAACGAUGUUCACGUAAAAACGUUGCAACGAUCGUCGUAGAUUCGAAACACGCCAUGAGAGAAAAAGCUUCGUAAAGCAAAAAAGGAGGAGAGAAGUUGGAAGUGUAGUUGUUAAUAAAUAAAGGACUGUUUACCGUGGGGUGCAGAAAAUCGGUGGUACGGGGGAGCAACUACGCGUAGUUGCGAGAUAACUGUCGAAUCACUUGCUCCACAGUCAGAGAAAGAGAGAGAAAAAAAAAGAGCUCUAUGAAGUUUCUACGUUAGGAGAUUCACGGAGGCGUCCUGGGCAAUUUUUUUAACGCUCCUAGCAUCAACUUUAUAGUCAAUUCAAGUUACUCGUCUGCAGGUGGACAGUUGAAGAAGGAUCUUGUCGAUCCGUGAUCGGUGCGUAGAGAAUCUCUCGUAUUCUGUGCGUAGCACGAGUUACUUAUUUUCGAAACGAAGAAAGAGGAGGACGAGGAGGAAGAAGAAGAAGAGGAGGAGGAGGUAUUGAUACGUUUCGCGAGACGAAGAAGGGAGGGAAAACACGUUGUCCCUAUUUUUCUUUUCGAGAUAAACGAUUUUGUAAAUGAAAAUUGAAUGCGAACGGAGUAGAAGGAUGAAAUCGAUGUAUCGACGAAAAGAAGAAGGAAUAAGAAGUGCCACAGAAGCGCCCGUGUGUUCUCGCUUUACGGUGCGCCGCAGCCGACGUUACCUGAAGCAUGAGUUUCGUCUUGGCGAUUCGAAUGCGACGAAUACACAAUGAUAUACAUAUAUGCAUAUAGUUUAUUACCUAUAUAAAUAUAUAAAUAAUUAUAAAUAUAUAGAUAUGAAUAUAUUUAAUGAAAAGAAAACCAACGCGUCACGCACGCUGGCGUUUCAUUUUUAGAGAAAGAAGAUGAAAUAAUAGAAAAGGCGGUCGCAAAAUUCCUGGACGAGGGUAUAGGUGAGCGAAUUUAAAGAGUGACCAGGGUCGGAUGGGGGGGGGGAAUUAGUGUAAUGAUGCAUUUCUCUUCGUUGGAGAUGCGCCACGAGCAACAAUGAUCAACGGUUGAUCCAACCGAUUUUCAACCAACUACUAUAAAAACAAAUAAAAUGUCUGACGUCUGUGAACGAAGGACACGACUCUUUUGUAGAUAGGUUACGAAAAAAAGAAAACAAACAAACAAACAAAAGGUAACUUAGAUUAGAUAAUUAAUACGCAACAAGGAAAAACAACGUUAAAUGGUAACAGAAAGAAAACAACCAAUACAUAUUAUUUACAAUUACUUAGAAUUAAACGGGGAAUAAGUAGAGGUUCUAGUGAUGAGAAAAUAAAAAAAGAAUAUUCAGAUAAUUAUACAUAGCGCAUACACCACAUUAUAAAUAGUGCGAUUAUAAAAAAAAGAACGGGUAAGAAAAAAAAGAAAAGAGAGAAAGAAAGCGAGAACAGACACCAGGCGAUAAAUAAAAAAAAAAAAAGAAAGAUUAACGCGUAACGGAGAGAUAGAAAUCGCGUUAAUGCUCUCUCGUUACAUCAGACGUGUAAAGAAGAAAAGAAAAAAGGAAGAAAGAAAGAAAAGCAUAACGGAUAAGUAAGUUGCUCAUGUGUAUAUUUUUGUAAAUAGGUAUUUGCGAGUGCCGCCGCCUUGAGGGUGACCUGUCGUCGUUUCCAUAACGCGUCAGAGUCGGCCCGCCCCAAUUUUUGCUACCACAAGUCUUAUCGAGAAUCAGGAAAAAUUUCUGGUAAAUAAGAAGGAAAAAGAAAAAAUAUUAAAAAUAACACGUACAGAACACAAGAUAAUUAUACAUGUCCGCCGAAUUUGUCCCGAACGUUCAUUCCGAGUCCGGUUCUUACGAUUUUAUUCGUUACUUACAUUUACGUUACCGCGUUUUCGAUCGAGAUCACUCUUCAUCAUUGCGCUAUUCUCGAGCUCGGUUAUCCAUUAUUUUUCGUUACUGUUAGUAUCGUUAAGUUUGCUUUUCGUUUGGUUCCUUCUAAUCAUCGACAAAGUGAGAAACCGUCGCGUGUUUUUGUCAAUUGUAUCCGGGAGAAUGUUGCGAGAGCUUCAAGUAUACGAGGCCUGAGGGUAGUACACGCGAACUGAGCGAAAUUGAUCCGAGAACGUUUAGCGAGAAGCAAAGAGAACGAAGGAGAUCCUAAUGAAGCGUUAGCAACGAGUUCACGGAACGUUCAUUGGACCAGAAUCGUCGAAACGAGGAAAUAUAUCUCUACGAUUAGACGGAACAUAUCGAAAUUAAAUUGAAAAUUCGAGUAUGCGAUAAAGACGUUAGAAUUUACAUUUUGUUAGAAUUUAUAACGGUGUAGUAAACAGCGAAAAUUGGACCAAUCUAUUAUACGUAUAUCCGUAGAGACACUUCUAAGAAAAGAAACACCGUAUCCGUCUAUUCGUUGCUAACGCUUUUCAUGAAAGGACGAUAGAAUAUAAGGAAGAAAGGGAAAUUAGCGGAAAUAAAAUAGGAAGGAUUGGACGCGGGUUGACGAGACUCGAUUAGGGCCCGUAGAAAUAACUAAGCGCGGUCCAAUGGUUCACGGGAUACAAUUUUAUACCACGUGUGUGUGCGCGUGCACACAUACUAAAGGAUAAAGAGAUUAAAAAAAAAAGAAGAGAGGUUUAUUAAAAAGAAAAAAAAAAUGUACGUAUGUUUUGAUAUUUUCGAACAGCACACGUAUUUAUAGCGGGUACGUAAAUAAUAUCAGGCCUUCGCUCUCGUCAGUCCGCGGCUGUGAUUGAAAAAAUAAAGAAAAAAUAAAAAUGAACGCACAGACGCAACGACCUUUGUGACUCGCCUGAAAUUCGUUGUCAAAAUGAUUUUAUAACAGAAAAGAAAAAAAGAAGGGCAAAUUCUGCGUGUACGAUCGUCAGGGGUGCAAACGCGUCACCGUAAGCUCAGGUUCUUCUCUUUCGAGAGACGCGAUAUUUAACUCCAUCUUGUUAUCAUUUUUUUUUUUUUCUUAUACUUUUUGUUUAACGAUUUUAGCUUUGUUUUGGGGCAAAGAUUCUUUACAUACGUGUUCCUACAGACCUCCAAAGAAAGACAAAGAAUGCGAAUGGUGCUGCCGUUCUGAUAAAGAGACGAGGUUGUUCGAGGGAUAAUGAUUAACGCGUGUUUUUCUUCUUCUUUCUCUUGUUUCGUUUCUUUUUCUUUUUUUGUUUAUCGAUCGACAAACGAUCGAUUCAGCUGGUCGCGUGAAUGUUUUUCUUUUCCUACGAUUUCAAGAGAAAAAAAAAGCGUUUACGCAUAUUAUGCAUAUAUUAUACCAUAUUAUUAUAUUAUAUUAUAUAUAUUAUUAUAUAUUAUCAUUAUUAUCGCUACUUUUAUUAUUAAUAUUAUAUAUUAUUAUUGAGUUAUUGAUACACUAUGAUCGUUAUUAUUUUUCGAGGUAUUUAUAGGGAUGAAUGAUGUCGGGGGGGAUGAAAGAAUAAGGAAAGGUAAACGGUACGUGUGAGGAAUGCGUGUUUUGCCUGUUUCCGUGCGUGCAUGUGGACGGUUGCAUGAGUGAAAGAAAGAUGGAAACGGUUAAACAAUGCAUGUCGGGAACGACAAAUUGUAUAUUGUACCUAAAUACAGCAGCAGAAACGAUUUUCGACGGUUCACCGAAUUUUGUCGAGCGUAUACAUAUACGAUAUAUAUAAAUUAUAUAUAUUCAUGUAUUAUAUAUAAGUUAUAUAUACAUACUAUGUAUCAUAUGUAACAAUUACCGUUUGAUUUUUAAUUUUAUGAAUCCUUUACCCGCUGCGCCGUAAUUGUAACAUAUUUAUAUACAUAUUAUACAUACGUACACACGCGAACACCCACUUACGAGCAUAUAUAUACAUAUGUAAAACAUAGAGACAUACAAUCAUAAUUAUAUUAUUAUAUUGAUAGUAUUAUACGAUCAUUAUUUUAAUAUACUCUCGUAUACGGUCGAAAUCGCGUAAACACCCUAAUCCAGAACUGAACAACUCUUUGGUCAAUCGUGAAAAAUCAUUACGUAUUUCAACCCUUAACUGUUACGAGUCUAUUUUCCAUCUAAUUUCCAAAUGAAAACUCUUAUUGACAUCAUUUUAUUUUUCCAUUAUAUGAAAGUAAAUUUGUAAUUCGAAAUUUUUUAUUUGCGAUAAUCGUUAGUUAAAAAUUAAUUUACUAAUUAAAUUACUAUAAUUUAUUAAUUAUAUUAGACCGCAUGUGUGUAUAGUGUGCUGGUAGCGGUUAAGGGUUGAAAAUCCAAUGAGAAGUACCUCGAUUUCUAAGCAAUUUCUACGUUUCUAGUUGUUUCUAUAAUUACCAGAGGUAAAUAAACGACGACCAGAGAGUUCAUUUGCAACCAAUCCGUGUAAAUAGUUGAAUUAAUUUCGUUUAUCGUGAUGGUUCGAUCGACGUUUCAGAGGGUGGACUCUGUUCACGAUUCGAAGGGUAGUUAUCAUCGAAUCAUCUUACUGUGAUUCAACGAGGGCAAUAGUCAUCGUGUUUGUUUGCGAACGACGCUAGUCCGUCAUGUUUUCAAAAACAGACUCCUACCCUUCACUCGUGAGAGUCCCUUUCGACGAUUUUCUUGAAGGAAGGACAAAAUCGUCCGUUGAUCGGCCAUAAUCGAUAUGAAAUCAUCACAAAGAGACGGCCAGACAGACGAGCAAUCAAGCAAGCAAGCAAGCAAGCAAGCAAGCAAGCAAGCAGAUUCGCAGGAUCGAAAGAGCAUGUAUGUAGAAGUAUGCGAGUGGGAGUGUGUGUGUGCGUGUACGAGUGUUUGAGAAAGGGAGACGAACAAAUGUAGAGAGGGAAGCAAUAAAAUUAUAGAUAGAAUGGCAACCGCACCAAGGAGAGACCAAACUCGCUUAACGAAAGAUAAUUUACUUACUUACUUGCUUUUUAUUUAUUUUAAUUAGUAACGUUUAUUAACGAGUUAUUAUUUGUAUUUAUUGGCGCGGAACGCUGAGGGUGGUUCGCCGAUACAGAUGUCGAUGAAUGUGGUGCAACUUUUCAACCGCUAGAUGAAUGUAAUUCGAAACAAAAGAAAACAUAAGUGUACAUUGAGGACGAAUCCUUUUUGUUGUUACUUAAACAUGUUAGAAGUUUUCUUCAGUUAAAUUUUCUCUUCUGUAAUACACUGUAUUUUCUUUCUAAUAUAAGUGUAACUAUAUCGUUGAAAAUCUUCUAGUAAAAUGGAUCAUUAAGUUUUGCAUGUUUUUUUUUUUUUUUUUUUUUUUUU